AUGGGUAGCCACUCGCCUUGCGCUUCCUGCAAGCUUCUACGGAGGCGCUGCACGCCGGACUGCGUCUUCGCGCCCUUCUUCCCCUCCGAUGAACCCCACAAGUUCGCAAUGGUCCACAGGGUCUUUGGUGCAAGCAACGUUAGCAAAAUGCUACAGGAGCUUCCUCUUCAUCAAAGAGCGGAUGCAGUGAGCAGCUUGGUCUACGAAGCAAACGCAAGGAUGAGGGAUCCAGUUUAUGGUUGCGUCGGAGCCAUCUCUUACCUCCAGCAUCAAGUGUCUCAGCUCCAGAUGCAGCUGGCCUUGGCUCAAGCUGAGAUGCUUUGCAUUCAGAUCCAGCAGGCGCAGCUGAUGGAUGCUGAUGGCAUGCAGUAUCUCAUGCAGAGUGACCUCAGCGCCAUGGCCCAGUUGACGAACUAUCCAUCCUCCUCAAGCAAUGUACCCCAUGAGCCUCUCAAGAGAGAGAAUCCAUGGACAUAG